AUGGGAGGCUACAACCUCCCGCAGGACCAGAACGGCGCCAACAAGAAACCCCUGUUUGACAAGAUCAUGAUUGCGAAUCGUGGCGAAAUCGCUUGCCGCGUGAUCAGGACCGCCCGCCGACUCGGCAUCAAGACGGUCGCUGUCUACUCGGACCCCGACAAGGACUCCAUGCACGUCAAGAUGGCCGACGAAGCGUACUGGAUCGGUCCCGCCCCGUCAGCCGAGUCGUACCUCCGCAUGGACCGCUACAUCGACAUCUGCCGUCGCUCGGGAGCGCAGGCGAUCCACCCUGGAUACGGCUUCCUCUCUGAGAACGCCGAAUUCGCCAAGCUGCUCGAGAAGGAGGGCAUUGUCUUUAUCGGUCCGCCGAAGGAGGCGAUUCGCGCGAUGGGUUCCAAGGCAGAGUCGAAAGACAUCAUGCUCGCCGCCGGCGUUCCGUGCAUCCCCGGCUGGCACCCCUCCUCCUCCAUCCCGGCCGGCGAAGACCCGCAAUCCCUCCCCUUCCUCCUCGCUCGCGCAGACGAGAUCGGCUACCCAGUCUUGAUCAAAGCCGUUUCGGGCGGCGGCGGGAAGGGCAUGAAGAUUGUUGGGAAGAGGGAGGAGUUUGCGGAGCAGUUGGAGAGCGCGAAGAGGGAGGCUAGGAAGAGUUUUGGAGAUGAUGAGGUUUUGUUGGAGCGGUACAUCACCAGGCCGAGGCACGUCGAAGUCCAAGUCUUCUCCGACUCGCACGGCAACCACCUCUCCCUCUUCGAGCGUGACUGCUCCGUCCAGCGCCGGCACCAGAAGAUCAUCGAAGAAGCGCCUGCGCCGGGCUUGCCGAACGAGUUGAGGGAGAGGCUGUAUGAGGAGGCGAGGAAAGCGGCGAGGGCUGUUGGGUACCGCGGAGCGGGGACCGUCGAGUUCAUCCUCAAUGCCGACAACAUCGACGAGUUCUUCUUCUGCGAGAUGAACGUCCGGUUGCAGGUCGAGCACCCAGUCACAGAAGCGGUUACGGGCGUCGACCUCGUCGAGUGGCAGCUCGAGGUCGCAGCCGGCAACCCUAUCCCUCUCUCGCAAGACCAGAUCACCUGCACCGGCCACGCUUUCGAAUGCCGCGUCUACGCGGAGAACCCUCGCAACGGCUUCCUGCCCGAUACCGGCAGGCUUCUGCACCACCGUCCGCCCGCGUCGUCCGAUAGCGUGCGGAUGGAGACGGGCUUCGAAGCCGGCGACGAGAUUAGCGUCCACUACGACCCGCUGCUCUCAAAGCUCAUCGUUCGCGGCGAAGACCGCGACGCUGCUCUCCGCGCUCUGCGAAAAGCGCUGAACGAGUACCAGGUCGUCGGGCCGUCGACGAACCUCGAGUUCCUCGGCCGACUCGCGUCGAACGAGGCGUUCAUCAAGGCUGAAGUCGAGACUGGCUUCAUCCAGAAACACUACGACGAGCUCUUCCCUCCUCUUCCUUCCGCAACUCCCGCCACACUCGCCACCUCCGCUCUCUACCUCGCCCAACGCGACUUUUCGCAAUACGCCUCGCAAGGCCAGCAGUCAGCCUGGACCGACUCGAAGCUUGCUGGCUUCCGACUUGCCGUCGCGAACGACGGGCAGGGCCGGUACAAGCACGGUUACGAGCUGGGCUCGGUUGCGGCGAAGGAUGGCGCGGAGGUCGAGGAGGUCAACGCGAAGGUCAAGGUCGGACCUGCUUCCGCCGGCGCGAUUGACGGCUUUGAUGUCGAGGUCGCCGCUGCGCCUGCUGGCUCUGCCGGCGAGACCGAGACUGUUCUCUUCUCGAAUGUCGCGCCCACUUUCGACGCCUUCACGCCGACUGCACCAAACGCAGCAACGAUCAACGCCCCUCUAUCCUCGCACCUCUCACGCGUCACCAUCGUCUCUCCCCCUCCAUCGAACUUGACCUCCGCCGCUCUUCCGUCCGCCGAGACGCUUCACGUCUUCAACACCGCUGAGUCGUUCGCUGGCAAGGUGGAGGUCAAGCAGCCGAAGUGGAUGAGCAAAGUGGGCAUGGCGAGUGGCACGGCUGGGAAGGCCAGUGCGGGAGGAGGAGCGAAGGCGCCGAUGCCCUCGAAGAUCGUUCAGGUGUUCGUCAAGGAGGGCGACGCUGUCGAGGAGGGUCAGCCGCUCGUUGCUGUCGAGGCGAUGAAGACGGAACACGUUCUCCGGGCUUCAAAGGCCGGCAAGGUCGGCAAGGUAUCGGUCAAGGAGGGCGACCUCGUUCCGGAGGGCAAGGUCCUUGUUACGCUCGCGGAGGAGGAGGAUGCCGAGAAGGCCGAGUGA